CUCUACUGGCAGUUUGCAGAAGAUCGCUUUUAAGUGGAACGGCAGGGCCGCCCCUCCCGCGCUUGAUUCUCUCUCUCUCUCUCUUUCUCUCUCUCUCCCUCCCCUCCCUCCCACUCCCCAAUUAAUCGCGCCCUGUCCUUAAGUUUGCGAGCUCCUCUUAGCCAAGGAGAGAGCGAGGGAGCGCGGCGGAGCUCCUGCCGCCGCGGUCUAUAAGGAGAACCGGCCACCCAGAAGAAGGGCAGGCUCGGCGCCGACGGGGUGCAUGCCUCUUUCCUCCUCCCCCACCGAUGGACUUUUCUAACCGGAGCGCCGCCACGUUCCCGGGAAACCCUUUCGAUCCUGCCCGGUCCAAAAAGAAAGAAAGAAAGAAAGAAAGAAAGAACUCCGCGGCUUCCAGGCUAACCGCGGGGGAUUUGGGUGCCUCCCGCGUUUCUUUCACCGUCGGCGAUCGGAAAUAAAAUGAAAGCUGGGGGGAUCCCUCAGCCUCAGCAGCAGCCGCAGCCGCGGAACCAGCCGCGCCACCCGGAGCUGCCGCGGCCGGCAGGCAACCAGCGACCGCACCGCGCCUCCCCGUCAAAAGUUUGAUGCCAAGAAGUGAGCCGGGCACAAGGAAGGGCGAAGGCGGGGCUGGAGCGGGACGGCUAGAGGAGGCUUCCUAGACCUCUUCUUUCCCACCCCGGUCCUCACCCCUCCCCCCCCUCUUCUCUCCUGCGCCGCCCUAGUCUUCACUCUGGUCCGAUCCCCUGCCUUGUCCCCGUUCUGGGAGGGCUCCCGCCACGCCGUCGGCCCAACCGGGCUGAUCUCCAAAGGGGCAGCGCCAGAGGAGUGGCUAAAUCCAGGGGGCGCGCGAAAGAAGCGCGGCUCGUCCGCUCGCCGGGUGGCUCCAGCUGGGCUUCGGGCUUUGCUUUCGCGACUCGCCCGCGGAAGUCUUUUCGCCGCGGGCUGCAACUUUUGUUGCCUAAAGCGGGUGCGGCAAGGAAGAAAAGGGGCGGCCGAACCAGCCGCAGUCUUCUCCCCCACCGCGACAUCGCCGCUGCUGGAGGGAAAAGAAGCCGGAUAAAGCCAGCGCUGCCAUCCAGGGUCCGGUGGUUUGGUUCCGUGUGCUUCCGACAAAACGCAGCGAUCGGCCCGAGACGGUUGUUAAAAUAUAUGCUUCUCGGAAGUGAAACUGUAUUGGAAGGAACUGGACUUAAUACCACUAUGAAAUGGGUGCUGGUGCCAGAAGAAAAGAAUGAUUGAUGACAAACAGACUGUAAACACUCAUCAUUUUGACCCAUCAGCUGAUUCAUCAGUUUGGCUGACUGUUCCUCAUGAGCCGGAAAAAAGGAGGAUCGCUCGGGAUUAUUGACGGUACAGCUGAGGCCUGGCAACACUGCUAAAUUAUUACCUGGUUUUGGACAUUAUUUGCAUAAGUGAUUAAAAGUCCUGAAACUCCUGGGAAUGUAGCAAGCAUCCUUCACUUGGCUUUGAACGACGUAUAAUAUGCUUGGCUUCCACCAAAGUUUCCAAAAUUAAAAACACAGUUAUUGUAACUUUUCUCCUUUGGAACAUAUUUUGCAAUAACGUUGUCUCUCUCCAUGUAUAUUUAUGUAUAAUAAAGACUGCACUUAGUUCCAUAUUGGUGAUUGCUGUCAAGGCACACGAAAGGAUAUAGAGAUGUAUUUGUCAAGAUUCCUGUCUCUCCAUGCCCUAUGGGUUACUGUGUCUUCGGUAAUGCAACAUUAUCCUUCAGUUUGGGGACAUUAUGAUGUGUGCAAGACCCAGAUUUAUAUGGAUGAAGACAAGAUUUGGGAUUAUACAGCCUGUCAGCCUGAAGCCAUAGAUAUGAUGAAACAUGUAAAAGUAAACCUGGAGCCACCUAAUAUAACAUGUGGAAAUCCACCAGAGACCUUCUGCGGAAUGGGGAAUCCCUACAUGUGCAAUGAGUGUGACGCAACCAUUGAUGAACUGGCACAUCCACCCGAACUGAUGUUUGAUGCCGAAGGAAGGCAUCCCUACACCUUUUGGCAAUCAACCACAUGGAAAGGUUACCCAAAGCCUCUCCAAGUGAAUAUUACCCUGUAUUGGAACAAAACCGUCGAACUCACGGACAACAUAGUCAUCACCUUUGAAUCCGGCCGUCCAGACCUAAUGAUCCUGGAGAAGUCCCUCGACUAUGGUCGGACAUGGCAACCAUACCAAUAUUAUGCUACAGAUUGUCUAAAUGCUUUUAACAUGGAACCAAAAACAGUGAGGGAUUUAUCUCAACAGACAGUCCUAGAAAUCAUUUGCACAGAAGAAUAUUCCACGGGGUACAUGGCCAACAGUAAGAUCCUCCACUUUGAGAUUAAGGAUAGAUUUGCAUUUUUUGCUGGGCCUCGGCUUCAUAAUAUGGCUUCUCUCUAUGGGCAGCUCGAUACAACCAAGAACCUAAGAGAUUUCUUUACUGUCACAGACUUGAGGAUAAGACUGCUCAGGCCAGCAACUGGGGAAUUAUAUGUGGAUCCACAGCACUUGACACGCUACUUUUAUGCAAUCUCUGACAUAAAAGUAGUUGGAAGGUGCAAGUGUAAUCUUCAUGCCACUGGCUGCAAAGUUGAAAAUAAAAAAUUACUAUGCGAGUGUGAACACAAUACCACAGGCCCAGAUUGUGGGAAAUGUAAGAAGAAUUAUCAGGGACGUCCUUGGAGUCCAGGUUCCUAUCUGCCCAUUCCUAAGGGCACUGCAAAUAUCUGUAUGCCCAGUAUUUCCAGCAUUGGUAACUGUGAAUGCUUCGGCCACUCCAACCGGUGCAGUUACAUCGAUCUGCUCAGUACAUUCAUUUGUGUGAGCUGUAAACACAACACUAGAGGGUACCACUGUCAGUUGUGCAGGCUGGGCUACCACAGAAAUGCUUCUGCAAAGCUGGACGAUGAAAAUAUAUGCAUAGAAUGUAAUUGUAACCGUUUGGGCUCAGUCCAUGAUCGCUGUAAUGAAAAAGGAAUUUGUGAGUGUAAGCAGGGAACAACAGGGCCUAAGUGUGAUAAGUGUCUGCGGGGAUAUAACUGGCACAACCAGGGUUGUCAAUCAAACGUAUGUGACAAUGAACUUCAAAUUUGCCAGAAUGGAGGGACGUGCCACAACAAUAUACGCUGCCAGUGCCCGGAAGGCUAUACUGGUGUACUGUGUGAGAAGCGGAAUUGUGAUGUGGAUCCAGAUGGCUGCAGCGAAAGUUCAGGGCAAGGGGUAAUAUCAAUACAAACCCUGCUACUUCUACUACCACCAAUUGCUCCAUUGGGAUUAAGUGGGCUUUUUAUAUUUUAAGCUACGCAGCUUGGGAUACAUCAGCUUCAGACUGCUUUGAGAGAAAGGUGUCCAGAAAAGAACCAGAUGCAAAUAAGAAUUUUCAAAAUAAGGGGGGAAAUUAUACAAUUUUCACACAUAUAUAGACUAAAGAAAAGGCCUGACUGAACUAAGCCAUAUGUAUACCUUGUGGACAACCCAACCAACCAAGACUGUUACUUCUUGGCUCAAGCUUAAAUGAGGCAGCUGCCAAUACUAUUACAACUACUCAACACGACAGCUGCAGGCACUUACACAGGUUCAAAAAGGCUUGGGUCGCCACCCCCGGAUGGAAAUCCAAGACAGAAACAACAACAACAACAACAACAAAACCACAAAAAAAAUUGCUCUUUCAAACUGGUGCGCCACCGUACCUCUUCCCAGUGUGUGGACCAACCAAAUAGAAGCAUUCUUUGCUGUCAGUGCAUUGUGGGUAUAAGGAAAUCUGUUUCAAAGCUGCCAUAUUGGCCUGCUUCAGCCCCUUAAUCCCCCUUUCCAACUGUGCUUUAGUGAACGUUGCUCUGUAACCUUUGUUGGUUGAACGAUCUCUUUGUCUGAUGUUAGUAAUGCACAUGUGUACCAGCCCCAACUCAAUAAAUCUCAAGCCGGUCAUAUCCUUGUAUAUCUUAGAAGCACUGUGCCCUGUCGACACAGUGCUCCCCUAUUGUACAAGAGUGGCAGUAGGACAAAAAGAAAGUAUAUUUAUCCUUUUGUAAUCAAAUGAAGUUAUUUUUCUUGACUAACGUACAACGUAGAUUUUUUGUAUUAUUGCCAAUUUGUGUUAACAAUUGAGUAAUGUACUUUAAUCCUAAUCAGAUGGGGGGAGGGGAAGAGAUGAUUUUUAGUUCGUUCUUUUCUUUUUCCUUUUUUUGAAAAAUUCAUUUAAUUGUGCAGAGAUUUCUCUGUAUGGGCAACGUGCUGGCAUCAAAGAAUAUCAGUUUACAUAUUAUAGCAAGUGUAAUAAGAUACCACCAAAGGACAUUCUAAAUGUUUUCUUGUUGCUUUAACACUGGAAGAUUUAAGAGAAUAAAAAUUCCUGCAUAAACUA